AUGUCCCUUUUCACUGAUAUUUCCAUCCCACAACUAAACAUUACCUACAAGCAACCCUUGGGAUUGUACAUUAACAACGAGUUUGUGGCAUCCAGCGACCACAAACAGAUUGAAACGGUCAAUCCGGCCACCAACACCGUUAUCACGUCUUUUUACGCUGCUUCGGACGCCGAUGUCAAUACUGCCGUUACAGCAGCUCGCCAAGCGUAUGAACAAGUGUGGAGCAAAACCUCGGCAGAACAUCGGGGCAGAUUGCUGCACAAUUUGGGACAAUUGAUCGUCGAAAACAAAGAGCUGCUUGCAGCAAUCGAAACCCUAGACUCGGGAAAGCCUUACUACACCAACGCUCUCGCGGAUUUGGACCAGAUCUCUCAGCUCACAACCUACUAUGCAGGCGCAGCUGAUAAGUACAACAAGGGCCAAAUGAUCCCUAUCAGCCACGAAAAAUACGCCUACACCGUGCGUUCACCCUAUGGUGUUGUUGCCCAGAUCGUGCCUUGGAACUACCCAUUGGCAAUGGCCAGCUGGAAAAUUCAAGGUGCUUUGGCGGCCGGCAACACCAUUGUAAUUAAACCUGCAGAAAACACGUCUUUGUCUCUUCUGUAUUUUGCCCAGCUUAUUGAGAAGGCUGGGUUCCCUCCGGGUGUGGUCAACGUGUUGCCAGGCUUGGGAGCCGUCACGGGCUCCAGCUUGGCUUCUCACACCGACGUCGACAAAAUAGCUUUCACCGGUAGUACCGCAGUGGGUCAAAAAAUCAUGGCCCUUGCUGCGACGUCUAAUUUGAAAGCAGUGACGUUGGAAUGCGGUGGUAAGUCACCCGCUGUGAUUUUCGACGACGCAAACCUCGACGAAGCUGUCAAAUGGACCACCGCUGGUAUCUUCUAUAACUCAGGCCAGAACUGUACCGCCAACUCACGUCUGUUAGUGCAUGAGUCUGUCUACGACGAGUUUUUGGAGAAAUUUACCAAAUAUGCGCAAGAAGAAUGGAAGUUCGGCUCUAGUCUCGACCCAUUCGACGAAUCUUGCACCGUGGGACCCGUUAUCUCUAAAGCGCAAUACGACAGAAUUCAGGGCUAUAUUGAGCAUGGAAAAAGCCAAGAGAAGCUCAGUUCAAAAGAAAUCGGGUCGCCUGUAGAAAGUGAAGGGUUCUUCAUCCCUCCCACGAUAUUUAUCGACGUCACAGCGGAGUCCAAACUAGCCCAGGAGGAAAUCUUUGGACCCGUGGCAGUAGUGCUAAAAUUUAAGGAUUACGAUGAAGCUAUUGCCCUAGCCAACAACAAUGCUUAUGGCUUGGCAUCUGCUGUUUUCACGGAAGACAUUCGCAAGGCCAAUUUUUUUGCCAGAGAUAUCAGAGCCGGAACUGUGUGGAUCAAUUCAUCCAAUGAUGAGGAGAUCUCCGUUCCCUUCGGUGGCUUUAAAAUGAGCGGGAUUGGUCGUGAGCUUGGUGAGAGCGGUCUUGAAGCUUACACUCAAACAAAAGCCGUUCAUGUUAACAUUUCCAAGCUCUAA